ACUUUCAAACAGUCUGGGUCAUGAAUGAACUGAUGGAGAAUCUGGAGAACGGUAUACCACCUAUUCAGCUUUGCUUUCAUAUGCGGGACUUUCAAGCAGGGAAGUCCAUCGCCUCCAACAUUAUCGAUGAAGGAAUAAUGGGCAGUCGUAAAAUCAUUGUGGUGGUGUCUCAACACUUCAUUGAUAGUGCCUGGUGUCGCUUUGAGUUUGAACUAGCUCAGUCUCGCUUUAUGAUGGAACGCAGUGCCAACAUCAUCAUCAUCAUUCUGGAAGAUGUGGAAGAGAGGAGGACUAAGAAAGUGUUUGGACUUCAUAAGCAUCUGAAAAAGAACACGUACCUAAAGUGGAGCAGAGACCCUUUGAGAAACAUGAGGUUCUGGAUACGCCUCAGGAAAGCCACAAACCAAUAAUAUUUUUUGGAAAAUGGAUAGUUCUUGUCUAUACCUUAAUGCAGUUUGUCAGCACGGUUUCACAACAGCUUUAACCUGAUCAUUGUGUCUAAAUCAGGACAGGGUACUAAGUUGUCUUUGACUCAUAGGUUGAAAUAAACAAUGUCCACACAGUCUGUACCCUGACUCUAUUAAAUAACACAAAAACACAUACACUAAAAACAUGAGAAGCUAUGGUAAAAACCGCCAGCCAUACCUCUCUAAUUCAGUUUCAAUUUAAGGUAAAUAUAACUUGAUGUUAACAGGUCACCUGCUAAUGCACUGCAGUGCACAUCCCCCUCUAGUGGUGAAAUAAUCAUAUUUUGAGUUCUACAGUGUAUUUUGAUUAAAUAAACGGGUGCCUUGUAUUCAA